AUGAGUGACAUUGGUUGUUUUGUGAAGAAAUAUGGGAACAUUUUUAGCCUGGUGUUUGCUUACAUACAUUCAGUACUUAUAACAGGACUGCCUUUAAUCAAAGAAGUCUUCACUAACACGGAACAAAACUUUCUGGACCGACCUAUCUCACAUAUGAGACAACAUACCUUUAAUAAGAAUGGCUUGCUCAUGUCCAAUGGUCAGAUAUGGAAGGAGCAAAGAAAGUUCACCUUGACAACACUAAGGAACUUUGGUUUAGGAAAGAAGAGCUUAGAACAGCGCAUUCAGGAGGAGGCUCAGCACCUUGUUGAGGCCAUACAAGAAGAGAAUGGUCAGCCUUUUGAUCCACACUUCAAGAUAAACAAUGCAGUUUCCAAUAUCAUUUGCUCUAUCACCUUUGGGGAGCUCUUUGAGUAUGAGGAUGAUCAGUUUCAGGAGCUGCUGAGGUUACUGGAUGAGAUCUUAUGUUUGGAAGCAUCAGUGAUGAGUCAG